AUGCUAUCACCGUGUUUUCGAGGUAUUUCUAACGUAAUCAGUAGGCGGUAUUAUUGGAAUGUGCUGAAGAAAACUUCUCCUUUAUUGAAUGAAUCAUAUAAUAGGAACCAAACAUUUCUACCGGUUCAAAAUGAGGAUGAGUUAAGUAAUACGACCAUAAGUAGUAAUAAAGUCCCCUUAAUAUUGAAUUUCACUACACGUAAUAAUGAGAAAUGUGAUAAAUUGACUGGUGCUUUAACAAGAAUUGUACUAAUGGAGACCGAGAAGCGGAUCAAUGCAGUUGAUGUCGAGGUUGAUUGGUUUGAGAAUGUAAAUGAAUUAUUAUAUAAAUAUAGUGUUCGACAAAUUCCUACAUUAAUAGCUUGGAAAGAUUUUAAUCGUAUUGAUGAAUAUGUUCCGAAGGAUAAUUUUGAAUGGUAUGAUUUGAAAGCUUGGAUAGACAAGAAUGGGAUUGAUUGA